AAUGGAGUCCCAGAGAGAUCAUCAUAAUAAUAUUCAUACGAAAAGUAAACAAACAGCUGAAGCUGAGACGCUCGAAACAAAAGCUGAGAUAUUUAGUACACAGAUUGCAGUAUAAAAGACUAAGAGAUACUGGCGCCGAAAGCUUUCUUAAGUGAUGAAUAAAUCAGAAUAUAUGGAAAGUAAGCUUUUCUUUCAGUGGUGAUAUGAUAUGAUAUGAUAUGUAAGUAGCUACAAGGGAAUAAAAUCUAUAGUCUAGCCUUUACACAGAUCUAUGUAAGUGUUUUAUUUCAGCUUGAGAUUAAGUAGAAUUAUUAUUUGAAUCACACUUAAACGAUCUCAGCAGUAUAUGGAGAUUGAUACAUAUAAUGGAUGGGUAUGGGAUGUCCGUUGUAUAGCGACCAUCUACCAUCUGCGAUAGCUCCGUCUUCCAGUGGAUGGGAUGACGCGUGCUCCGCAUGCUGAUCGUGCCAAUCCGUGUGCUAUAAUAAAUCCAGCAUAAUGCAUUGAGUCGCCGCUGGCCGUCUGCCCGUUGGCCAAGCUAAUCUUCCAGAGAUCCCGACUGUGUUUAUGGGACUAAGAAGUCGUAAAAAAAGCAUUGAAAUGAGCUAGACCACAGAAUGUGUCACCACCGCCACUGCUGCCCAACUCCACUGCCCAAGGGUAUAAAUAGAGGGAACUGCGUAGAUGGACUGUCCAGUUCUGACUGUGAUUUGAAAUCGAAGCAAGAUGAGUGCCAGCUAUUCCCUGUUCGCCAUUCUAAUUUUGCUGUUUGCCUGCUGCCUGGAGUCGAGUGGCGCUCUGUUCUUCAAGUCCUGGAAGUCGGGAAGAGGAUACAGUGGUUAUGGUGGAGUACAGAACUAUGGGGGCAGUGGCUAUGGCAGCGCGGGCUAUGGAAACUACGGCUAUGGAAACUAUGCUGGAGGAUAUGGUUACAACUAUCCCUCGUAUCCUGCAUAUAACUCCCACUCUUACCCAAACUAUUCAGGCUACUCCUCUUACUCUCACUCCAAAGGAGGACACCGCCAAGGACGCACUUACAAGGAUAUAGCCAGAGUUAUAAACCCAGUUCCCUACAUCGGUCCUGGAGGCAGUCGUUAUCUGCCCCGUGCUCCCUUUUCGCCCCUUUGGGGUUAAGCCAUUGCCCAUCGGAACUCGCAUUGUUGCCAGCAGUAUUAAACCAUUAAAAUAAAAUCAGCGAAAGUUACAUCUAAA